AUGGCAGCAGCCUCUCUUUCCAUUUCCAUACCGAUAGUAGCAUGGGCUAUCUGGAUCUUGUUAUGCGGAAAGUGUUUGGAUAAUGCACUUCAUCAGCUGCUUGUUGCUGCAUUUGGAUCAUCUGCCCUUCAACUUAAACAAGCCAAGGCUUUGAGGGAGACUAGGUGGUGGUCGUCCACUACUGCCCAAGCCAGUAGUAAUUAUUCAAGUGCUUGCCUCUGGGAUGGUAUUACUUGCAAUGCUGGUGGAAGCGUCACAACCAUCGAUAAAUCUCAUUCUAGUUUGGGAGGUCAGUUGAACAAACUCAACCUCUCUUUCUUCCCAAAUUUAGAUAGGCUUGAUCUUAAUGGGAACCUCCUUACGGGGCUCAUCCCAAUUGAGAUAGGGAUGCUAAAGAACUUGGUCUAUUUAGACCUUCAUUCAAAUAUGCUCGUCGGUCCAAUCCCUGCCACUUUGGGUUAUUUAACUAAUUUGGAAUAUUUAGACCUUGGUUUGAACUACUACAUCAAUGGAUCCAUUCCCCCCAAGAUAGGGAUGUUGAAAAAUCUGACCACUUUAUACCUUGAUUCGAACAUGCUCGUCGGUCCAAUCCCUUCCACUCUGGGCUGUUUAACGAGUUUGGACUCUUUGUACCUGGGUCAUAAUGAACUCAAUGGAUCCAUUCCCUCCGAAAUAGGGAUGCUGAAAAGUCUGACCUCUUUAUACCUUUCUUCCAACAUGCUCGUCGGUCCAAUCCCUUCCACUCUAGGCUGUUUAACGAGUUUGGACUCUUUGUACCUGGGUCAUAAUGAACUCAAUGGAUCCAUUCCCUCCAAAAUAGGAAUGCUGAAAAGUCUGACCUCUUUAUACCUUUCUUCCAACAUGCUCGUCGGUCCAAUCCCUUCCACUCUGAGCCAUUUAACUAAUUUGAAAUAUUUAGACCUUCGUCAGAAUCAAAUCAAUGGAUCCAUUCCCCCAGAAAUAAGGAUGCUGAAAAAUCUGACCUUUUUAUAUCUUUCUUCGAACAUGCUCGUUGGUCCAAUCCCUUCCACUCUGGGCCAUUUAACUAAUUUGGAAUAUUUAGACCUUCGUCAGAAUCAAAUCAAUGGAUCCAUUCCCCCUGAAAUAAGGAUGCUGAAAAAUCUGGCAUCUUUAUACCUUUCUUCAAACAAGGUCGAUGGUCCAAUCCCUUCCACUCUGGGCCAUUUAACUAAUUUGGAAUAUUUAGACCUUCGUCAGAAUCAAAUCAAUGGAUCCAUUCCCCCCGAAAUAAGGAUGCUGAAAAAUCUGGCAUCUUUAUACCUUUCUUCGAACAUGCUUGUCGGUCCAAUCCCUUCCACUCUGGGUCAUUUAACUAAUUUGGAAUCUUUAGGCCUUAGUCGGAAUAAAAUCAAUGGAUUCAUUCCCCCUGAAAUAGGGAUGCUGAAGAAUUUGAUCGUUUUAGGCAUUAGUUCGAACAUGCUCAUUGGUUCAAUCCCUUUCAGCCUAGGUCAUUUCACUAAUUUGAAACAUUUGGACCUUUCUCGGAAUAAAAUCAAUGUAUCCAUUCCCUCCGAAAUAGGGAUGCUUAAAGAUUUGAGCUACGUUAACCUUAGCCAUAACUUUAUUAGUGGAGAAAUACCUAGUGCACUUGGGACUAUUGCCCCACUAUUGACCUUGGAUCUUAGCUACAAUAAUCUUAUGGGCAACAUUCCCUCAUCUCUCACUGGUAUACAAAGACUCGACUUUUCACAUAAUUCUUUGGAGGGUCAAAUUCCAGACGGUUAUGCUCUGUAUCAUACCUCCAACACAUUAAAUGGCAAUAAGGAUUUAUGCGAUCAGUUCAAGAAUUUCCCUCCAUGUCCAAAAGACAUUAUUGAAGCAACCGAGGAUUUUGAUAUUAGAUAUUGCAUUGGAACUGGCGGUUAUGGUAGCGUUUACAGAGCAAAAUUACCAAGCGGAAAUGUGGUUGCCUUAAAGAAACUUCAUCAAAGAGAGGCUGAGAAUCCAGUUUUCUAUAAGAGUUUUAUAAAUGAGGUGAGGGUGUUAACAGAGAUAAGACAUCGAAAUAUUGUGAAGCUGCAUGGGUUCUGUGUACAUAAAGGAUGUAGAUUUUUAAUUUAUGAGUACAUGGAAAGGGGAAGCCUAUUUUGUGUCCUAAGAAAUGUUGACGAAGCUAUGGAAUUGGAUUGGAGUAAGAGGGUAAACAUCAUCAAAGGCACAGCACACGCUUUAUCUUACAUGCAUCAUGAAUGCAUCCCAGCAAUUGUUCAUAGAGAUAUAUCAUCCAACAACAUUUUGCUGAACUCUGAAUUCCAAGGUUUUAUAUCUGACUUUGGAACAGCUAAACUCCUUGAUCCUGACACCUCAAAUCAAACAUUGGUUGCUGGCACUUAUGGUUACAUUGCCCCAGAGUUUGCCUACACGAUGACAGUUACUGAAAAAUGCGAUGUAUAUAGCUUUGGAGUGGUGGCACUAGAAGUAUUAAUGGGAAGGCAUCCGGGAGAACUCCUGUCCUCAUUAUCAUCAUCAUCAUCAUCUCAAAAUAUGAUGCUAAAUGAAAUAUUAGACCAAUGCUUGCCACCUCUAAAUCGUCAAAUUGGACAAGAUAUUUUGCUUGUUGCUACAAUAGCAUUUGCAUGCCUUCACACUCAGUCAAAGUCUCGGCCUAUAAUGAAAUGUGUGUCACAAGAAUUUCUCUCUCGCAGGAAGCCAAAUCCCAUACCCUUGACUGUGAUUUCACUCCUGCAAUUGUGGAAACAAGCAGCAUAUGUGGCUGGAUCAGGAUUUGCUUAUUGUUAG